AAAUCAUUUAAGCGCAUUUGAGAACUGUUUGUCUUUCCAUACAGAACCGAACCGAAUAGUUAACCGGCGAAACUACACAAAUAUACAACAGACAACUAAAAUAACUGUGCCCUAAAUAAAUAUAAAUAUUUACAAAGCAAAUAAAAAAUACCCAUUUAAAAGCGUGUGAAAAGUAUAAUAAAAAAUUAAAAGUUACAAAAUGAAGCUGCUGCUCAGUGUUCUAUUGAUCGGUCUGGCCCUAAGCGGAGUCUUGACAUUGCCAGCGCGCAACAAUCCGCAGGACGAUGCCGAGGUGAUUAAAGUGCCCUCGCGCCCCCAGUCCGCUGGCGCUGGCGAACCGGAUUUCCAUAACUUUGGCGGUGUCAUCGAUACGGGCGCUGGAUAUCCCUUCCUGCAGUCCAAUCCGGCGAGCUUCAGUCCAGUCACCACGGGCUUCUUCGACUCCUUCGAUGACCUCUUCCGUCGUCUGCGCACUCGUCUGUGGCCAGUUAUUGCCAGCGAUUCUGGUGAGGAUGGCACGGGGGCGGGUGCUGCUGGUGCGGAUGACUCCAGCGAUGACAUUGGAUCUGCCUUCUCCUUCGGUCUGCGGCCUUUGACUGCAUUCACUCCCUUGACGCCCCUCAACCCCAAGAAUGGCAAUAAAACUUCAACGGUUAAGGUCGUAGAUGGCCACAAGGUGGAGAUCAAUGAGACGGUGUACGGCGACUCCAAUAGCCUGUUCAGGGUGCGUGUGGUCAAUGUGCGUCCCCUGGACAGCGGCGAGGAGGUGGCCGAGGGUGUCCUGACCAGCCAGGGUGAAGAAUUCAAGCCAGCCGCAGCACCUGCCACCUCGGCCCCGGCCGUCUUGCCCACCAGGCGGGGCGAAUUCGACGAUGACGAUGACGAUAACAGCCGUCGCGAGCCCCUGGAGAAGCAGCCCAAGGACAACGAAGUGCGCGACAUCGACGAACCUCAGUCCACACCAACAACAAAAACAACACCAAGUUAUACAACAACAACCACAAAACUUGCCACCAGCUCACCCGCAGACUCUGAAGCCGAAGGUACGCAACUGGAAAUCAGGAGGGAAAUUAUGGCAAACUUGGACACGGAUAGCAUGGUAGCCGCUGUGGAGGCCAAGGCAGAGGCGCAGGCAGAGGCGCUGGAACAGGAGCAGUUUGAAGCCGAGGACGCUGCGCUGUUUGAGAAUGCGGACGAGGUGCAUCGUCUGGGGCAGCUGCAGCACAGGGAGCGCGAGGAGCUGGAAUCCUCCGACGAUGAGGAUGGUGAAGUAGCCGCACCAAUCGAAAUGAGCGACACCUUCAAUGAUGAGUGGGACACACUGGAACAGGAAGAGGAACAUGAGCUGCACGAGGGUGCGGUCGAUCAGGACCACGAACUGGAUCAGGAAGCGGAUGCUGGCAACAAUUUGGACAACCACAUUGACAUCUACGAGGGUUCGCUGCCCAUCGAUCUGUCGCACGACAUCGCCGUCAACGAUUUGGCAGCCGCUGAUCCCGACUUUCCGGUCAAUCCCGAUGCCGAACUGAUUUCGGGACCGUCAGUGAUCAAAACAAUGCCCAUGUUCGAGAAACUGUCAAUGGGGCCGAGAAAGUGAUGAGCCCCCCCCAUGCCCCAAUCUAGUCCCUAGGCAUCGUAUUUAAGUUUAAGAUUUUAGUUGUAAGCACCAGCAUUCAUCGAGGAUGUCUCUGAGAAAUCCAAAGAAGAUGGCAGCCCCCCCCCAACCACCCCUAUAUUAUUUAUCAUUUAUUAUUAUAGUUUAUCGUAUUUAUUUCGACAGCGUGUGAGUAUUAAAUGUGCCAAAUGUGCAUGCGAAAUUAAUUUAUUGCCUCCAAAAUAAAUGAACGAUUUAUGAAACACCAA